ACCGCCUCCGGGUUCCAUGUUUGUAUCCGAGCUGUGAGCGCAGAACUCCAUGUUGUAACAAAGUUUCCAGAUCUCCCUUUUUUUUGUUUUUAUUUGUGUUUCUUUCCCUUUUCCUCCCUCCCCGCUCGGCGCCGUCCCCUCCAUGCCCUCCGUCCUGUCGCCUUCUCGCCCUGUGUUCCUCGGUUCUCCGGCCAACCCCAAGCCCAGAGGAAGGAAGAAGUGAGCGGCGUCCUGCAGGAUCCCGACCCGGGGAGGUGUGAUGGACCACCCGUCCAUAUUCACCCAGGUCAGCCGAGAAGAUGUGAGCGCCCCCCUGCAAGAGAAAGCUGUUCACAGCUCCUCAUCCUCCAAGAAGCCUCGGAGUCGCAGCAUCUUCCACUCCCUCUUCUGCUGCCUGUGCCAGGAGGAUGCCGAGCCCCUACCUGUUAAUAACAACGCCCCCCUAUUGACCGAGGAGAAUGGAUCGGUCCCCAAGGUGACCAAGUAUCUCCUGCCGGAGGUGAAGGCGCAGGAUGCGGGCAGGAUCUGUGUGGUCAUCGACCUGGAUGAGACUUUAGUUCAUAGUUCGUUCAAGCCGGUUAAUAACGCCGACUUUAUCAUUCCUGUUGAGAUUGAUGGAACGGUUCAUCAGGUGUACGUAUUAAAGCGCCCCCAUGUGGACGAGUUCCUGAGGAGAAUGGGGGAAAUGUUUGAGUGCGUCCUAUUCACUGCAAGCCUGGCAAAGUAUGCUGACCCAGUUGCGGAUCUGCUGGAUAAAUGGGGCGCAUUUCGAGCCCGUCUUUUCCGGGAAUCUUGUGCCUUCCAUAGGGGCAACUACGUCAAGGACCUGAGCAGACUGGGCCGGGACCUCAAUAAACUGGUUAUUCUCGACAAUUCUCCGGCUUCCUAUAUCUUCCAUCCAGAUAAUGCGGUGCCCGUAGUUUCCUGGUUUGACGACAUGAGCGACACGGAGCUGCUGGACCUCCUUCCCUUCUUUGAAAAGCUGAGCCGAGUGGAUGACGUGUACAGUGUACUAAAGCAGCGCAGGACUGCCAGCUAAUGACUGCCAGGAGGAGGGGCCUCAUCACGCUGAGCAUGCUCACACCUGCGCUGGACUCUGGAAAGACAGGGGAGUGGGCGUGGCCUCUACUACUGCUGCCGAGGGUGCGUGUGCAGCCCCUGAUCCAUAAGGCCUCGCCCUUCACCAUAUUUGUGGGUCGCAUUUUGCCGAUCUGAUACCAAAACCCUAAGUAUUUCGGACAAAUGUUUUUGAAUUUUUCAUUUUUUAAAUUCACUAAAAAAUGAGGGAAUUCCUCACAAUUUUAGAAACCCCCCCCCCCCCCCCAAAAGAAACUAAUGGAGAAAAAAAAAAUUAACAGGAAUUUUCAAUUUUUCAAAUUUCAUUGUUGAUAACCCCCCCUUUUUUUUUUUUUUUUUUUUUUUUUUUUUUCAGUUUGUGAGGGGGUAUGAACUUCAUCAGCUCCACCGAGGACCUGCGGCCAAUAGGGGGCACUAGCAAAAGUAUUAAUGAUUCACAAGUUUGCUUGUUGUGAUAUUUCAGACGGUUGCCAUUAUUCCCUGCAGUUGUUAGGAAUUUUUGGGUGGUUUUUUUUUUGUUAGUUUUUUGGUGGAAGGUGUGCAGGAGUCAUGUGAUGUGGGUUACACACUGGGUUGUCUCCCUAUGUGCCGGACACAGUUGGGAUUGAACUGUUGCCAGCUGGGUGCUGUAAUUAUUAUUAUUAUUUUUUUUUUUUCAAAAAGUUGAAUUUAGUAGGUGGAAAGGUGCAUUUGGGGCAAGUCGGGUUCAUGAUUUAGUGCUUUCCCCCCCACUCCCCAGUAUUGGGUCGGCUCAAGGCCUUACCAUAACUUGAAUAUCGCACUAUGACCAAUCUCCGGGCACUGCGGAGUCCAUGUGGACGAGGUCGCUGGUAUUAAUGACGUGAAAUCAUUGAGAAUAAUUGUGCAAAUUUUACAAGUUACACUUUAGAGAUUUUAGAAUAUUUUUUUUUAGGACAUUUUAGGGACCAUAGAACCGCGGAGGUCGAAAGAAAAAUUCUGUUAUGACUUGAAGAAAUCAAGAAGAUGUGGGGUUCGUCUUGCUGGCUGCUCUGCUUCGUCACGGGCGUGGGUUUUUGGGGAGCUUUGCAAGUCUUGCAGUUAUUGGACCGCUCUAUGAAAUAUGGAUCCGAGGACCCCGGGCGUCAAGUCUCCUCCGCCAGUCAGAUUUGGGGAGAGAAUAAGUGCCUUAUAGACUUGGAUGUUGAGAGCAAGGUGCCGCUAAUUAGUCAGCGCGGGCAGUUUUCGUAGUGCACUUGUCUCGGCCACGUGCUUCGCUAUUUGAUUGGAUGAUUGAGCGCACAAUAUGGAUGCCGAGCGAAUUCGGAAAUGGACCCAGGGUUGCAAAAUUUGUGCCUUCUCGGCUCCUCACCGUCACACAGAGACUCGGACAUUGAACCAUUUGCCUUAAAUCCGUGCCUUAAUUUUUUGGAAACGCGGGGUCGAGACUCCACGAUCGACACUAUAACCCCCAUUCUCCCUUCAGAGUAGUAAUCCAAAGCUGAGCGUUCUCUUGCUGUAUUGGAAUUGCACAUUUUGCUGCAGGGCUACUUUACCGGCGACAUUUUCUCACGUAGAACAAUUGAUUGUAAUGCAAGGAACAUUAACAGUACAGUGUUCAUUGUCGCUCCUGUCACGGCAGAAUAGUUAACGGAAAUCUCCGCAGCCAUGUGCGGCGGUACCAGCAGGGGGUGGUGAAGAGGUAAAUAAAUAAAUACAAAUAUG